GAGCUCCGGCACGCUGACAGCGCCGCGCUGGGCGGCCGUACUAGCGGGCCCCGGCGGCGCCUCCGUGAGGGAGAGUGGGGCCGGGCCGAGGAGAGCUCUCGAGAGAAGCGCCAGUGACAUCGCCCCCGGUGGAGCGCUGCCACUGGAACGGCCCCGGCAGCCGCAGACCCCUCCGUCCCGGGGCGGCGCGGCCGUGCCCCGCUGUCCGCCGUGCGGGGCUCCCCGGGGUCUUCACGUUCGCGAAUGGACGCGGGCUGAGAGUCCCCGCUGCGAAGCGGGAACGGGGCCCGACGGGCUCGGACAGCCGCCGCCCGAGGCGCGGGGAGCGGAGCGCGGCUCUCCCGGCCGGCACCUGCUGCACGUCCAUGGCACGCAGGUGAGCCCUCUGCUGAGGGAUCGAACACUCUGUGCUCCCAGGUCAGGGAAACAUGUCCCGUCGGAAACAGACCACUCCUAACAAAGUUCACUCCUGCUGUGUAUCUGGAGGGCCCAGAAAUGCCAUGCAGUGCACUGGUGAAUGACGAGGAAAAUCGGAGAGAGCAUCAUCUCCAAGAUCUGGGUGAGCCAGCAGAAUGAGGAAUCAGGCUGAGACAUAGCAGGCACGUUACUGAAACUUCUUGGGACUGAAAUUGUUGGGAGGAGAGGAAUAAAAGGGACAGCAGGUAUGCACCUUUUUAUGCAGUUGUCUGCAAUUCGGAUCAGAUUUGGCAGGCUUUGGGGCUUGGGAAGCGCUUUGUGGAUUCGUGUAAAUGCCACUGUGAAUAUGUAACAGGACAAAUUUAUGAGAGGAUGAUGCCUACUUCUUCUUUGCUUGCUGCUGUAUGUUAUCUUCCAUCUCAGAUUAACUUGUGCAGGCAACAGCUGCAUUCUCCUGUCCCUGCCUUGUUCAGUGCCGCCUCUUUCCAGAGUUACUUUCCAGGCUCAGCAUGGCGCGCGUUUAACCUUGCUCUCAUAACAGCAGUUGCUAUCUCCACUUAGCACAGAAGUACUUUGGCAUGCAGAGUUGUGUGGUUACAAGUCAAACCACUUUAAACAGAAUUUGAUGCGCAAGGAAACUCAUAAUACUACAGAAACAAUGGUAAAAAAUACUGUUAUCCUAAACUUGUCAUUGUGUGUGAUUGCCAGUCCACCUAUAGUUUUCAUCGUAGUCAUCACCAUUUGUCAGGGGUGCAGCACGUAAUUGGCUUUUAAUGAUUGAAUUUUGUGUUGCCACAUGCUGCAUAAAAAUGCUUUCAUCUGACAAUGUGGUAAGAAAUAAAAUUGUAAUACUGAAAUAUACUUAUUGCAUUGCCCAUUCCUCACUGAGUUGAAAAAUGCCACACAGUUACAGUGUUCCUGUGGAAGUAUCUUCAUUCAUUUGGUCUUUAUUUUCUUCCAGACUCUAAGGUAUAAAAGUAUCUUCUCUCUAAGCAGUUAAUCUUCUGAUCUUGCUUCAAGCCUGUCCUUUGCUGCAAUGUCACUCAUCAACUAUAGGUUAUUCCACUGUUCUUGAGCUUGCCAAGAAUUCUGCUGCAGGUAUUAGAAUGUGCUUUUGUUUCCUCUCCCUGCUGUCCCGUGAGCGGCUUUUCUUUCUAUGGCUUCCACCCUUUGCAAGUGAUGCUUAUUUUAGAGCUCUUGAGAAAAGUAUUUCUUAAAUUAAUAACCACUUCCUAGCUCUAUUCUGCAUUGUCCCAAUAUGCCAUUAAUCCUCUGUUUCCCUCCUUCUCCCUCUGAUACAUAUACAUACAUGUAUACACACACACUUUCUCUCUCUUUCUCUGUGCUCUUCGGCAUUUCUUGGAUUCUGCUGCCUAUAAUACUCCUGAUUUGAGAAGAAAGUAUCUUUCAAGAAAUAGCACCCUGCAUUCAGACUGAGCAAAAAUUGUUAUUUGCAUCAAAAUCCUUGGUUCUAAAAGGGCUCUGUGGGCUGCGGUUAUUAACACUUUCAAUUGUUGUUUUUCAUUUCAGUAACCGCUACAGCAGUAUGGACAACCCAGAAUAGCGAUGGGGCAGGUGGAUUAGAUCCACAGUGUUGGACAGACUUGCAAAUUUCAGGUCCAGGAAAGGAACACAGAGAAGACCUACAUGAACAGGGACCUUAAAUUGGUGUACAAGGAGGGAGUUAAGUGGCUCAUCUCUGAGAGGCUUUUCUGUUUAGGAAGGAAGACAGGGGAAUGAUGCAGUUUAUUUUGAUUUUUGUUUUUUGGAUUUUGGAGUGAGGUUGUUUGUUUGUGUGUUUAUUUUCCAGAACACCUGAGAGUUAUCCUGCAUUCAUACAGUUCAAGAAGGGAAGGGCUCAGGAAAAUAAUCAUUUCUGGCUGCCAAGCUGUUACACCAUCAGAUCCUAGCAGUCAUAACUGCCCCUGUUGCACAGUACCACAGGGCUGGCCCCUACCUCCACAGCUGCUCUCCUGGCAUCCCACUCAUUUACAAGAUUGUGGAGAGGAGAACUGGAAAGCAAAACAGAGGCAGUUGUAUGACUCUCACUGUUCUACAUCUCUAGCUCCUCGUGAAACAAAUACAGCGACUUGUUUUGGUGCUAUGGUCAGCCUACAGCCCUUUCUGUGUUUAAUAAAGAAACUUCUGGAGAAGAGUCUGUGAAUUCAAUAUUGGGCAUAAUGUCUUUUACUGAUAGUGGUGAUCCUAAAGCUGUUGACUGUCUUACUCCCUUUCCACACAAAUGCAAAUGUAUUCGAAAUGGGGUGGAGGUGGGGGUGUGUUUGUAUGAGCACGUGUGUGUAGGCAAUGAAAACAUAACCCUGAACCUAUCAAACAUUAAAGUUCCAAAGCUUCACUGAUGUAGGACUUAGUCUAUCAGUUGAUAAACUGAGCACUCUUCUCCAAGUUCUUUCAGAGACACUAUUAGUAGAAUAAGAAAUUAUGUAUAAGCUUAACAUAGAGUUUUAAAAAGUUAGUUUUUCCCAGUUCUAUGAUGCCUUUUAGAUACAAGCUGGUGGUUUGGUUAACAGUUUGCAUAUCUGGCUGUAAGCUGAUGGGUGGUUCUCCACACUGCACUGAAUCAGUGCUAACUUGGUUUUGUGUAUGUUAUACUGAAAGGCCUCUGGCAGGCAUGAUUGCUCUGCUGGUUGUUGGGAUUGGUGUUAGAAGUAGAGUCACGCAGUCGUAGAAUGGCUUGGGUUGGAAGGGACCUAAGGGAUCCUAGCAAGUUCCAAGCCCCUGCCGCAGGCAGGGCUGCCAGCUGCUAGAGCAAGCACUAGGUCAGGUUGGCCAGGGCCCCAUCCAACCUGGUCUUGAACACCUCUAGGGACAGGUCAUCCACAGCCUCUCUGGACAACUUCAGAAACUUCUGAAGGGCUUUGAAAUCUUCCAUAAAUUAUUGCUUUUUAAAGCAAUGUUGGAAAUUUUGAGGUAAGCACCAGAAAGGCAGUAUGUAUAUAAAUAUGGGGCAAAGCUGGCUGAAGCAGUUCAGCGUGUGAAAUGCACCUGUCCCUGUAACAGGACUGGUGCUCUCUCAGCAGGUCACGAGUGCAGUUCCCUGUACUGAUGUUGUGACCCUGUAUCAGAAGGGGCAAUAUUGUUUUGAAAGCUGCACUUUGACCUUCUUUGCAUUGCAUCUUAAAUAGUAUUUCUGCAUUUCCGCUUUGAGUAGUUCCUGUGAACUUAGAAAUAAAUUGAUCACUUUAAUCCAAAAGCUGUAGCCAUUUGGGAACUAGCACCUUGCCCCAAGUGCUCAUAGCUCAUUCACUACUAAAAGCAAAUUAUAACUACCUGUAGAACAAAGUCAUUUGUUUGUUUUAAUGUGAAAAUUAGUGGUUGACUUCUAUGGUUAUUCCCUGGAACUAGAAGCUUAGCAGAGAUUGCUGUAGGAAUUUUUCUUUCGGAGAAGCUCAGAUAAUUGCUUUCCUUCAAUAUGUUUUCUGUUGCCUGUUCUCAUGUUGAGUCGAGAUACAAAUGAUCAUUGUCUUUCAACAAAGCAGAAUGUAAGCAAUCCUAAAUGAGCAUCCCCACAUUCUGGGUUCACUUCCUCAUGUGUGCCUCUCAUGCAGUAGAAGUGUAAAUUAUGAAAAAAAUAAUAGCAAUAAAUGUGUAUCUACAAAUCGUCAAGUGUGUCUAGUGAACACAGUUUGUCGGUAGAGUGAAUGAGAGAAAGAAACCAGUGCAUAGUGCAAAGAGGAGUGAGGGUGAAAAGUGAAAGAGAGUUCGCUUUCCUUGCAGAGGAACCCAGUGGACACAGAGAAGAAGUGGGCACUGUAUGGUGGCAACUAGGCCACCAGUAUGGGCCAGUGGACAUAGUAAAGUGCAUUCAGCUAACAAAGCCCCCCACCAGUUUGCUUCCUGCAAAUACCUAGAAAUAACAUGGGAUGGCUAGCAUUUUAUUUGGCUAAUUACUAGCUACCUGUGAAAGAAACUUUCUAAUAACUAAAUUCACAAACAAAUGUUACAUGGUAAUUGAGAUAAGGUUGAGAGUAUUUUGGUAUAAAUGACAAAGAAACAUGGCAAAUAUUAUACACAGAUAUUGUCAGCUGAGAAAAGUUAGAGUUUGGCUUAGAAGUUAUUAAGGCAAGGAUACAGGCUUAGUGUGCCACGUAGUUACACUGCAAGAGAUUACAAAGAGAAAAAACAGACUGUAUUUAGAAUGUAAUUUAACCUAAUUUGGGGAUCAUGCAGGCUGUGCUUUCCCAGACCCUAAUGUGAUCAGAUGACUCUUAUAAUUCGUAUGAAUAUCCUGUCACAGUACCAUCAUUCUGCUUGUAAUAGCAGGGAAUAGGACUAAAUGGUUUAGAAGAGCCAUAUAGCACCACACCUGAUUUGGGAUACUGUCAUCACCCCCGCGUGGCUUUCCCCCGCCUACAGCUGUGCUGUCACUGUUGGCAGAUAGGUUGUCUGGUAAAAGUGGAAGUCAUGUGGGCACAUGUGGCAGAUGUGGAGCCUUGCAAGUCUUUCACACGCGACUGGAGUGGUGUACAAAGGGUGUGUGGAGAGCAGCCCCACACCAGGCACAUCCACUAGCGAGAUGCGGGAACUAGACUUGCGUGAGCAGGUACAGGAGGCUGGAGUUACAGGGCAGGGAAGCACAGAGAUUAUUUAAAUGCUGAGAGGUGACUUCAGAGGGUCUGCACAUUGCAGGUGAGCAACCCCACACCUGUUGCGUUUCUGGCAAGCUUUUGUGGUGAAAUAAUGGAACAGCGCCAGUCUGACUUUUUGUCCUUGUGGCUGCCAGGGGAGCAAGUCUUUGCAGGGCUGGAGGAGCAAGCCCGCCAAGCCAUGAUGAAAAACAGCUUUCCUGGAGCUCUUGGGGACCAAAGGCCAGCAAUUCACCCACUGCAAGACCGCGAUUUCAGCAGCAGUGGCAGUGAUGAUGAGGAAACUACCCAUGAUGAAGUUUCUUCCCAUACUUCAGAGGAGGAUGGCUCAAUGCUAAAGGUGAAGAAAGAAUUGGAGAAUGCAGAACAACCUGCAGCUGGAACCCUGCUGAUGAGAGAAAAUGAGGUUCCUGAGAGCUUGAAUGCUGACUCUGUGCUGGGACUGUCAAAGUGUCCCCUCUGCCAGCUGGAGUAUGAAAGCAGAGAGCAGCUCAUUGCUCAUGUAUACCAGCACACUGCAGCUGUGGUGAGCGCCAAGAGCUAUAUGUGUCCUGUAUGUGGAAGAGCCCUCAGCUCACCAGGCUCCCUUGGGCGACACCUCCUGAUCCACUCAGAGGACCAGCUGUCAAACUGUGCAGUGUGUGGAGCACGCUUCACCAGCCACGCCACAUUCAACAGUGAGAAGCUGACGGAGGUGCUCAGUGCAGAUCGCCUGCCUGUGCCACAGAGCGAGGGCCCCUCCAGUGUCAAAGGGAAGGACAUUACCUUUCACAGCCCUGUGUAUCCUGCAGGCAUCCUCCUAGUGUGCAACAACUGUGCUGCUUAUCGUAAGCUGCUGGAGGCACAGACACCUGGCAUGCGAAAGUGGGCGCUUCGUCGGCAGAACGAGCCCUUGGAAGUGCGCCUGCAGCGUUUGGAGCGGGAGCGCACCGCCAAGAAGAGCCGGCGGGACAAUGAGACUCCCGAGGAGCGGGAGGUGAGACGGAUGCGGGAUCGAGAGGCCAAGCGCCUGCAGCGCAUGCAGGAGACAGAUGAGCAGCGGGCACGACGGCUGCAGCGAGACCGAGAAGCCAUGCGACUGAAACGCGCCAACGAGACUCCAGAGAAGCGACAGGCCCGGCUCAUCCGGGAGCGUGAGGCCAAGAGGUUGAAGCGGCGCCUGGAGAAAAUGGACAUGAUGCUGCGGGCACAGUUUGGCCAGGACCCCUCCGCAGUGGCAGCUUUGGCAGCUGAAAUGAACUUCUUCCAGCUGCCAGUGGGCAAUGUGGAGCUGGAGAGCCAACUGCUGGGCAAAAUGACCUUUGAGGAGCAGAGCAACAGUACGCUGCAUUGAGCUGCAGCCAAAGACUACCAUCUCUGCUGCGUCUGUCACAGGCAAACUAAACAGUUUUCUGUGCUCAGGGGGCUGCUGUGGCUCCCUGGGUGACGCUCCUGCAUAGUUAGUUCUGGCUUCCUCCUGAAACAGGAGGAGAAUGGAGCUGAGAGAUGUCUGCCAAAGUAGCCUUGGUGGAAGCAGAUUCUGGGGCUAUAGUCUGGGGGCCAGCCACAGCCUUGGACAGCGGGAAAAUAAAUUAAUGUUUCAUGUUUA